AGUGUGUGUGCUUCACCUCGAGGGUCGAUCGUGUAGAUCUUUGUAAGUAAAAUCUCAAAGUUUGUUUUCUUCACGUCGUUUGGAUGAUUAUCAGAAGUAACAUUAAUCUGGAAUCUCAGACUCAUUCGGGAAUCAUCGCAGUGAGAGAAACUUCCAGGAUCAGGAUCCUUUCCGGACCUCAGAAAUGCAGGUUUUACUUUGACUGUUACUGGAACCUGAGAAUUUCCAGAAACUCUGCUUUUCCCCUUCUGGACCUAAACGGGAGAACCUUUUAGUCUUAAUAUCUCCAAAAUCUUCAAUCUUCAACCUUUUCUGGAACUCAUCUUUAUAAACUGGAAAUCUUGAAAAUCUGGGCAGCGAGUAAAAUCCCCUCAUGGCUCAGCCAAGCUCCUGCCAGAACCCGGACCCUAACGGAGCCGUCGUCCACAGCCCGCUGGCCGUUUGUUCGGAUCUGGAUACCCAGGGAGCUAGAGAAGGGAAGGAGGGAGUUGAGGAAGAUGAGGAGGUGGAACUAGCUGAGGAGGUAGGUGAAGAUGAUCUGAUGAUGGUUGAAGAUGAACAGGAGCAAUCUGAGGCUAAACAUAGAGGAACAAGUGACAACAAGAUGGGGACGAUUAAAAAAGUGUCCACAAUCUCAAAUGGAGAAACAAGACAGGGUGGAGGAGUGGAAGAGGGGGAUGAAGAGCAGCAGGAGGCAGAAGAAAGUGAGGAUGUCUUGGCUACAACAUCAGAUGUUAAUAAAGUUCUCCAGGAGACAUUAGGCAUACAUGAAGGGCAGCUAGAAGAAAGAAGAGGUGAAGGAGACAAAGAAAUAGUAAGCAAUAAAGUGAUGGAGGAAAAGAUGGAUGAAGACACCAGUGACAAAGAACUUCAUCAGGAUCUUGGUGCUUCUGGGCCUCCUGCUGAGGAGCUGUUGUUUCCUAAUGAAGAAGCUGGAGACGAUGAAGGCCGAACACCAAACAACAUCUCUGUUGACACAACGAGAAACAAACAAGCCAACAUUGAACUUAAUCCAUCCCAAACUCCAGAUGCAAGUCCAGACCGGGAACCUGCUGAUACCCAGGAACCAACCACAAUGACCUCAGACCAUCAAGAUGAUCCAGAGAGCUUAGACUCUGUGAUUCAGGAGUCUGUUGAUGAUAGCAUCAUGUGGCAGAAUUGCACUGAAGGUGAGGAUGAUGAUGAUGUUUUAAAUGGAUUCAGUGAAGCAAGUCAACCAGAGCUGGAAAAUCUUGUAACUUCUGAAGAUAAUUCAGAGGAAGGGGCUGAGGAGAGGAAGCAAGAGGAAGCUCAAAUUCAUCAGGUUGAGACGUCAACAGUGAUGGAUGGAGGCGAGAUGACAGCAGGCGAAGAAAUCAGAGAGUCAGAGGCCGAACAAAGAGAACAAGAUGAUCUUGAAUGGGAGGAAGAAAACCUGGACUCAGAUGUUCCUCCAGAAGCAGUGGUGGUCCAUGAAAAAGAAGUUCCUGCAGACAAACAGAAGGAGGAGACUUCUGAACUGAAGGAAAGUCAUGAAGAAGAAGACCUCCGCCACACAUCAGCAGAGGUCCCACCACAAGGAUGUCAGUCCACAACAGAUCAGGGAAGAGAUACGCAAGAACAUCCUCUGCAGUUCUUCAGACAUCUGGUGACCGAUUGGAGAAACAUCAUCACACAGCAGCCUGUAGAAGAAAUGGAUGGGAGAGGAGGAGAGGAUGAAGACAUGGAUGGAGAAGUGGAGUUGGCAGAAGAUCCCGUAACUGUUUUAGAUGAUGAGAUUGAAGAGAUAGAGGAGAUGCCAGGCAUACAACCUGCAGAACAGAUUCCUGCUGCCAUCUCAACACCAGCUGGAGACGCCAAGGAUGACUCGGAAGUUCAGAAGGGUCAGAAGCUGCAAGAAGAAACGCCGGAUGUUGGAACGGCAGAGGAAGGAAAGGAGGAGAAACAAACUGGAAAAGAAAAGAUGGCGAAGGAAGUUAAACAAAAUAACAAAGAGGCAGAGUUGGAUAUAAACGGAAAAGUCAAAGGAUUGAAGCAGGCCAUGGAAAAUGGGAUUUUGUGCCAGCAGCCUCAGACACUGGAAAAAGAAGGAUGGUCAAAAACAAAAGUGUUGUCACCCAGAAGAAAGGAUAACGACUGGAUUAAGAAGGAAGAACCAGAGGAAGAAACAGCAACAGAGGUGAAGGACUGGAGAAAAGAACUCCGCCCUGUUAAAAAGGACAUCUGGGAGACUGAGAGAGGAAAGAAAGAACGGAUAAAACCCGACGCAACGCCAGAAGAGAGAUGUUCUCCAAAAAAAGACUGGAUCAAGGAGCUGAAGUCAGUGAUGAAAGAUGAAUCCCUGCCAAAGAAGAAAGAUGAGCGAGUGAAGAAAAAACGAGUGGUGCUGUUAGAGGAUGGACACUCAUACCUCCCCCAGCGGGAGGAGGUGAUCCCAGAGAGGAUGGAGGAGGUCAGACUGAUCUCCCAUCGCAGGAUGGAGAGCAGCUCACCUCAGGACCAGGACUACGAAAUCUCUCUGUAUGUGAAGGCAGGAAGUGAUGGCGAGAGCAUCGGCAAAUGUCCUUUCUCUCAGAGACUCUUCAUGAUCCUGUGGCUGAAAGGAGUCAUCUUCAAUGUCACCACAGUCGACCUGAAGAGGAAACCAGCUGACUUGCAGGACCUCGCUCCGGGGACCAACCCUCCAUUCAUGACGUUUAACGGUGAAGUCAAAGUGGAUGUGAACAAGAUAGAAGAGUUCCUGGAAGAGAAACUGGGCCCACCGGGUUACCCCCGCCUGGCUCCCAAACAUCCUGAAGCCAAUACAGCUGGAAUCGACGUCUUUUCCAAGUUCUCAGCCUACAUCAAAAACCCAAGAAAAGACAUCAAUGAUGCCUUAGAGAAAGCCUUGCUGAAGUCCCUCCGCCGCCUCGACGACUUCCUGAGGACUCCCCUGUCUGAGGAGAUUGAUGCUGAUGCCUCAGGAGACGUGCCCGAGUCCUCCAGGAGUUUCCUGGAUGGGUCUGAGCUCACCCUGGCUGACUGCAACCUGCUGCCUAAACUCCAUAUUCUGAAGGUUGUAGCUAAGAAGUACCGUGGCUUUGAGAUCCCUGCUGAGAUGACGGGUGUGUGGAGGUACCUGAACUCUGCCUACCAGAGGACGGAGUUCACCAGCACCUGUCCUGCCGAGAGGGAGAUCGAGUUUGCUUACCUGGAUGUUGCAAAACGAAUCAAAUAAGAGCAAAGUUGGAGGAAGAUGGAGGGAAUUUGCUUGGAUCAAUCAACAAAGAGCAGGCCAGAUAAUCAUCAAACAAAGAUUAAAAACAAUAAAAAAAAGAAAAUAGAAAUGAAAGAAAACUAGUAGAAAAUAACACACUUUGGUUGGAUAUCUGUGUCUAACAGACCGAUCUAACACUGAUUCUGUUUAUGUAUGUUUGUGUGUGUUCGAGUUUGUGCACUCACAGGUUGAGCUGCAGCUUCAUGCUAUCUGCUGAUAAAAGGAGUUUUUAUUCAGAUGAACUUUCCUUUCUUUUUGCUUUUGUUUGUUUCUUAUAUUCCCUGCAGAGACAUCACGGCACUGCACACCAUGUUAAGACACUUAAGAUAAAACUUAACUUCAGUUAUUUUUCAAGCUCGUUUAAAUGCAUACAGUAAAGUUGAAAACACAAACAAAAAUUAUUCAGCCUUCACUACUUCAUGAACAUCCAGGGAAUUUUUAACGGGUUGGCCAAUCAAUAGAUAUAACUAAUAACAAUGUCCAGCAGGGUUAUUGUUCAUUUAGGUUAAAAUCAGUGUGUGAAAUACAGUACAUGGAUUUCUGUGAGCCUGGAAACCCCUAAAUAACAACUUUGAGCCUUUUCCAAUAUUAAACAGAAAGCUCUGUUUAGUGGUUUAUUUUUUACAGAAUUUCUAAUGGAUUCAAUCAUUGCUUUAGUUAUUUUUUAAACUGCAUAGUAAAAAAAAGAUUUAUAUGCACUGUCACUGCUUUCUAAAAAUAUUAUAAAAGAUAUGAACAUCGAAAAAGAGCUAAAAGGAAUGAUAGACAUGAAGUCCUAAAAAGAAGCACUAUAUAACUUUCUGACCUUUAAACUACGUGUUUUAAUAUGUUCAGUCCUGUAGCCGUUGCUGCCCUGAGGCUCAGAAACCACAUUUUUUUCCUGGACUAAUAAUACAGUAAGCUACAGAAACUACAUCCAAAGUUGUAAAACCAGGAACUCAGAUUACAGAUGAACAUGAAUAAAAACUUUGGUACUUACUUCAUACCUGAACGUCGUAAUUUGUACCCAUUUAUAACUGUGAGACAAACAGAGGUCCUCUGUGUGUAAUGACAUAUUUACUAUGGUAGUAUUUGUUCUUUUUUUAUCAAACACAGCGAUCAGGUUAGUUAGGAAACUGUAGAACUGCUGCUGGCAGCAUCAGCUCCCCAGCUAAGGGGGUAACAUUCAGUGUCUGAUCUGGAUGAUGUUAAAUGUCAUCAGAACCUGAAUCUACUGAAGUCUAUAUAAAAUUAGAGUCAGUGCUGCUGCUUGCUAUGUUAGUCUGAUGUUUCAUACAUUGGUAAGUAAAGUUUUAGACCGUAGCAAUGUGCUCAGAUCACAUCAUGUUUCCCAUUUUCUUUACUGUUUCCUCUGACUUGACAUUCCUAAUGAAUCAGUGGUCAAAUGAACAGUUUUCACCUCCUGAUUUCUUUUUGUUCACUUAAAACUGUACAGAUGUGGUCAAUGGCUUUUUGAUUGAUAUAUAUUUUGUUCCAUCAUCACUUAGCCUCCUAACUGUCUCUGGGAGGAAUCAGCCACAUCUCUAAUGAAAGAUACGGACUGACUUCAGUACAGGGAUGUCAGGAUGCAGGAAUUCUGUUUUAUUUUGUUUUUCUUAUAGAGUAACUGGAGGCCUAAAAUGUUCUGGAGUUUUAAUUCCCCUGUUCCCUUUGAUCCAACUUCAUGUCAGUAAACGCUUUUCUUACUGAGGAGAUUUGGCUGACUGUACAUUUGAUGGGAACGUAUUUUUGCUUUCUGUUUUCUGGCCUUAUUUCCUCUCAUCAGAGAGUCUUUAUUAAACUGAUUUUAUCAC